AGAAUUCCAACCCAAUUAAAUUUAGGCAAUUCCUCCUACAGAAAAUUCCAAAUUCUGCUCCGCCUUGUUUAAAUUCUGCUCCUACAGAGGCCAGACUCCGCCACAGGCGCAAAGCUUCUUGCUUAUCAGGCUUCAAUAUCAAGUUAUCUACGCUUGUUACUUUCUUCUGAUUCACCAAUUUCACAUUUCAGUAAGGGGGUGUUUGGAACUGAUUCUGUUUCUGCUUCUUUUUUAAAAGCAGAAGCAGAAUCAGAAUCAGUUUUCAGAAGCUGGUACCCCCCAGCUUCUAAAAAACUGAUUCUGAGAGUAAAUUAGAGCUCCAGAAGUGCUUCUGGAAUUUCACCCAAACACUCUAGCUUCUGCUUCUGCUCCCUGAAGGAGCAGAAUCAGUUUUGAGAAUCAGAUCCAAACACCCCCUAAUUUGGAUAUAAGGCGAGUGUUGAUUACACAUAUUUGGUCAUUGGAUUUUGUAGGCAUAGCAUUGUCAACGCUUAUUUCCUUCGUUUCUUAAAAAAAAAACGCUUAUUUGAUUUCUGAAAGAUUGAAGGACUCAGACUGAGCUUCUUCAGUCCUUCUAAAGCCAGAUACAGUCAACCCAGAGCACGCAGUCAGCCCUCGCGCAAAGCUUCUCUUCAGAUACCAGAAUAGGGAGAUUGGGACAGCGGAUCUGAAGCCAUCAUAGCUUCACAAAUUACAACACAGAACGUUGCAUACACUGCAUUGCUCUUAAGAAGAGCAUGCCGUUGAACUUGUUUUCUGUUUCUCUCCCCUCUUCAACUUUCUCUGUUAAGCACUGCAAAUAGUGGAAUCAUAAUGAACACGCAUCGUGUUGUUGGAGACAAAGAUGGACUGAUCAUUGUGGAUCAUGGGUCUCGUCGCAUGGAAUCAAACCUCAUGCUAAAUGAGUUUGUUAAUUUGUUUAGAGAUAAAACUGGUUAUUCAAUUGUUGAGCCUGCUCAUAUGGAGCUGGCAGAACCCUCUAUAAAAGAUGCAUUCAGUGUGUGUGUUCAAAAGGGGGCAGACCGGGUGAUUGUAUGCCCAUUCUUUCUCUUUCCUGGAAGGCAUUGGCAUCAGGAUAUUCCUCAUUUGACUGCUGAAGCUGCUAAGGAGCACCAGAACGUGUCAUACAUUAUAACUGCACCUCUUGGGUUGCAUGAACUACUUGUGGAUGUCAUGAAUGACAGGAUUAAACACUGCUUAAGCCGUGUAGCAGGAGAAGCAGAUGAAUGUGCUGCCUGUAUUGGAACAGGGAGAUGCAAGCUGUACUAGUGUUGGUCUAUUCAACUGCAAAUAAACAGGCAUGCAAGUUGAUUUUGCUCUGAGAUUGAGACUUAGAGAAGUGAUGUGAUCUCCGUGAAGAAACAAAGCACUUUUUUUUUAUACAUUGACCAUGUUAUACACAUCUCUACCUCUUGAGAAAUGCACUUUCUUUUUAGAAAGAGUAGGGCUAGAAAAACAUGUUAUUAGUACAUUGUGUGCCUACAUCUGUGUGGAAGGUAUAUGAUGGGAGAUGAAAACAUGUCAAACAAAGUGUAUUAAAGGAAUGUAGUCCUAAUUUAUUGUUUUACAAAUAAUAGUACCUGCGAAGGCAUGUGUUGUUUUAUACUCGUAGUUCCAAACUUUAAGAAACAAUAAGAUUUAAGCAUGAAUACUUGUUCGUGUAACUGGUCCUCUGGUAGCCACAAUAUGCUGCUUACUUUGGUCAUUUUGG